AUGAAAGCUUUGGGUCCCAACACUUUUGGACUCAUGAAGCAAUCGAGAAAGUCUGCCAAAGUUGCUUAUCAAGGAUCAAAGGAGUUAGUUAAAUUUGGAAAGUUUCCUAAGAUUGAAGACACUCCUCCUGUUAGCUCACUAAAUGAUGAGGUUGGUGAUGAACAUGUAGCGCCCAAACCAAAGUUUCAAUUCGCCUUUGAAGAGAUUGAAUUGUAUGAUGAUGAAGAAGAUCAAGAGGAUCAAGAAAAGGAAUUGACAGAUAAUGAGGAUCAAGAAAAGGAAUUGUCGAUGAACUAG